AGUUAAUUGCAUUCUACCACGCAGCAGUAUAAACCACCUUUUGUGCGUUUCUUUAUUGUUGUUCCUCUUGCAGACUUGGCUGACAAUGACAUAGCCAUUGAAGUCAUUCGAUCGUUAAUCCACGGUAGGCUAUUUAACCGCAAUGAGUGUUGUCGCAAGUAGCCUCGUUCUAGUAGCUGACUGAAAAAAAAGAAAAGAAGAAAAUCGUCUGCAAGCAGUCCAGGGAUAUUAUAAGUUCGUGCUUUCUCACACUCAUCCACCCAGCUUACCCAAACCCACAAUAUUUAAAUAAUGCAAUCUCGUAGUGUUUAAUACGGCUACGAGUCACUGGUUGUAUAUUUUCUGUAUGACCAUGAGAACAUGCACUCGCGCACACGAAAUCAAACUAGCUGCCAUCGCUUUAUAACUACGACUACAAAUGUAAAACAUCUGCAGGGCUAAUUGUCGAUUUAGUUCUCGGUCGAGUUCCCACCCUUCAAAAACCGUUGAGAUUCAUAUUUUUAUCUUGACUACAGCGUCUAAAAAAAGGCCGUCAUUUGUAAACAAAACGUCCUUAAAAAAAAAAAAAUAAGGAACUCGCUCUCCCUUGUCAUCAUGGCAGCGUUUGCCCUUUGGUCAAAGGUCAUCAACAGCGAUCCCAUAAAGCACUGCAACUUCCUUGGAGACAUUCAACAUGGCGGGAUGUUGACAUCCUAUCCAGCUUGGCUUAGCAUGUGAAGACCAAUUUUUACAAGAUUCUGUGUAUUCAGAAGUAUAACGAGGAAACAUACAGUCUGCUAAAACAAGUACAACCAUUUUAUUUCACAAUGGCAGUUGCUACAGCUUCGCGAACAGAUCCGCUGGGUCAUACAACCCUGGCAGGCACGCAAAGAACGACCGACACAGGUCCCACCAAAAUACCUAUCGUUGCACAUAUAAUCACUGAUGAUGAUCUUGAGAUACUGCAGGGCAGCAAGCUUCAACCGCUCAAUUUAAAAAGAGUUAUCAAGCUUCUCACAGAUCCACACUCUAUGAUGCUAUAUGAUAGACAUGUGAAUGCACUACAGAGAAUUUGCCGUCACUACCAGAAAGGAAUUCCAAUGAAGGAACUCGUACAGGUGUUUAAAAUACUUAAUGUGUGUGCUGAUCGGAUGGACAGCCAGAUACUUUAUGAGCAGCCAGUAGUGGAUAUCCUUAAGCUCUGUGCUUUGCCCUAUCUGAAGGAAAAGUCCUCUGAUGAGCUGACGUAUGAACAAAUUGUCAUUGAGUCAGUUUCACAGCUUGGCUACCUAAUGAGAAUUCCAAGUGACAUCAUUCGCAAACAGAUCUGUAGAACACUCCAGGCUUUCUACAAUGAAUCUAGCAUUGUGCAAGAUGUACAACACAAGCCUUCCAGUUUAUCAUACAACAGAAGAAUGGUUGAAAUGAGUGACAUAUCAGAGACACUCGUGAAGUCACUGGCACUGCUAGAAAACAACCUGGACAUUAAGCUCCAAGUACUGAGUGUCCUGCAAGACUUAUCAAGAAACUCAGGGAAGAAUUGUGAACAGAUGCUAAGAGCAGAAGCAGCUAAGAGGUUAUGCUUACGGUUGAUGGACCCAGAUCCUAGUGGUCAGCUGUUAUUUCGGUCUAUUGACAUUAUUUGGAACUUGCUGGAGUAUGGUGACAAACAUAUUGUAGCAUCUCAACUUAACAAUAUCACAUGUAUCAGUCAGCUUCGAGAUGCAUUCAUUUUUCAGAUGACACAGGGCUACAGUCACUAUGACAGACAAUUGCGUAAUGACCUGUUGGUCAUUUCUUCACUUGUUGCUGAAAGCUGCCCUGAUGCCCCAUUUGUGGAGACUGGCUUUGUAAAGCAGCUUACUCUUUUUGCUACUUUUCAGGAGGUAAAGAGUCACAACCCACUUGUGAAGCAGUUAAAGCUACAAACAAACCAUGAAGAUUUUGAACUGAGGAAGCUUCUUAUGAAUGUCCUUGUCCUGCUGAGUAGAGAUCCGAACUGUCAUAGCUGUGAGUUAAUUCUCUCAGAAGGUCACCUUUUGUUGGCACUGUUCUCUUUUGUGCGGGCCAACGAGAAGCAGAGUAGACCACGUGAAUGGUCUGUGGCGCAGUUUGAAGAGAUGCAGCUGCAUGCCAUGUCAGUCCUGUCUUCUCUGUGUCCCCUCAUGCUGGAAGACUACAUGACAUGCCAGGGUAGCACUCGCCUUCUUUUGCUGCUCGAGUGGUGUGUCGGACCUGACACAUUUGGUGGACACGGCAACAGUUUUCAUGGUACAUCAGGCCGAGGUAAUAAGAAGGCACAAAUGAGGCAUUGCUUGCGGUUGAUGCGCAGUGUGGUAUCCACAGAAGAUGAGGUCAUUCUGCAGGAUUUGUCUGACCAAGGAGCAAUCAACCAGCUUCUUGGUGUCCUCAGCACAGCUUUCACAAAGAGUGCAGACCAGUAUGAUGCUGUGGAGAUAGAGAUGCAAUCUGAUAUCCUCUUCAUUUUGUCAUGUCUCUGUGACAGAGAUAUGCACAAGAAGGAACUAUUUGGCACUCUUGGUGUGGAUACAUUGGUGCGCCAUCUAAAGACAGAUGUCAAAUUGUUGAACUCUGGGCUUGGCCACCAUAAGCUUCUCCUGGCUGCCAUUGACUGUGUCUGGUGCUCCGUAGUGGGCUGCUACAUAACAGAAGACUAUCUUCUAGAAAAAGAAGGCGUGUAUCUCUUGAUUGAUUUACUAGAGAUGUCUCCAAAGAACAUGCACAAUCUGAUCGUUGGCUGUUUGCUGGAUCUUUGCGAGAAUCCGAAGACUGUCAACCAUGUUCUCACAUGGCGUGGCCAGAAUGGUUCCACAGCCGCUCAUCUCUUUUGUGAAAUGUGGCGCAAUGAGGAGGCAGAGAUUGGUGCCAGUCGGGAUGAAAAUGGAGCAAUAACUGAUGUUACAAAGCCUCUGAUGGGCCAGCUUCAAGAAGAAAGAGGCACGGUGUCCUUGCCAUCUCAGUUUCCCAGCCAGGCUAUUGUGGAUGUGUCUGAAAAUAUGCGUGCAAAAAUCUAUUCCUUUUUCUGCAAGAUUGGCUUCACAGAUCUGCCUGGUCUGACAGUGGAUGAUCAUGUGACCCUUACCAUUAUUGAAAAGUAUCUGGACUUUAAGAUUGGAGAGGUCUGGACAGAGAUCAUGAAGGAACUUGAGAUGGAGAAUGUAAGGCCAGUGACACCAGAUGCAGAAGCUAUGGAGGCUAUCUCUCGAGCAAUUGAAGAGAGAGCACAGAUUGUUGCAGCCACACAAGCAGAACUACUGGAAGCUCAGAGAAACCAGGACAUUUUGGAUGAGCAAGAGUUUUAUGCUGAGAUCCGGGAGAAUCAUCGUCAAGCAGAGAAGAGAGAGAGUGAUUUUGCAGCCUUCACACUGCGUGUAUCUAGCAUUUCACACUUGAAGGCUGCCAAAAAACGUCAGGAGUUGUCCAUUGAUGCCUCUCGUAUACAGCCCAAGUACAGAGAUAUAGACCAUUUCCAUGACACUACACUGCACACACUGAGAACUACUGUGUUUAGUGGCAAACAUGUUAAGGUGGAAACCCCACCCAGGGUGACUGAAGGGGAACGUCCUGAACUAGCUCCCUAUGACCCUGGUGAGCUGCCGCCUUUGAACAGACAAUUUGUCAAGCACCUGACCAUCUGAGGACUGGUACAAGGUCGAAUGUAAAGGAUAGCUGUGAUAGUAACAAUCAUAGAUUUAUUUAUGUUGGCUUUAUUUACAAGACUUGGAUCUGAUUUCUUAUGCAUAUUAAAAGUAUAAUGCGAUUUAAAACAGAUGAAAAAUAAUCGUGUGUGAGGAAGAAGGUUCAAAGAAAGUGUGUGGCCAUGCUAUUUGUGGUCUGGAUCUUCAAAUAAAAAAGCACAAACAAAGCAAAA